AUAUACUAUUGAAGUUCCUGAGAAGUGGAAAAAUAAAAUCAUAUCUAAAUUAUAAGAUUAUUCACAUCUUUUUUUAUUUUCAUUAAAAAUCUUUUAACUAGUUACAGAUUAUUCUUAUCAGUCCUUGAUUAUCUGAAUAUCAUUCGUCCUAUAUAUAUAUACACAUCUUAACACCACACAGGAUACAUAUCAAGACAGGAAGGAAGACAGGAGAGUCUCCAAUGGCAUCCAAUGCAGCUCUUUCUUUGAGUUUUCAUUUUCUUUUGCUUAGUAUAAGCGUAGCUAUGGCUAGAGUAAGUUUCAGUACCGGCCAUGGUGGUCAGCUGAGCCGCGAUGUUUUGGCUCGACAAGAAGCUGACAGGGUCAUCAAGCUUCCAGGUCAGCCUCCGGUGGAUUUCAAGCAAUAUGCAGGGUAUGUUACAGUGAAUGAGAGUCAUGGAAGAGCCCUGUUCUAUUGGUUUUUCGAAGCCACAAGCAAGCCUGAGAAACAACCUCUCCUCCUCUGGCUCAACGGAGGUCCUGGGUGUUCAUCAAUCGGAUAUGGAGCAGCAGAGGAGCUGGGGCCUUUUUUCCCUCAGAAAGACAAAACAACGCUAAAGCUUAACCCACACAGAUGGAACAGAGCUGCCAACUUGUUGUUUGUUGAAUCUCCCGUUGGUGUUGGGUUUUCAUACACCAAUAAUAGUAGUGAUAUCCAUCAACUCGGUGAUGAGAUUACAGCUAAGGAUUCCUACUCAUUUCUUGUCAACUGGUUCAAAAGAUUCCCACAGUUCAAGUCCCAUGACUUCUACAUUGCUGGAGAAAGCUAUGCUGGCCACUAUGUUCCACAGCUAGCCGAGGCCAUCUUUGACAGCAACAAGCAUGUUCCCAAGUCAGAUUACAUAAAUCUAAAGGGAUUUAUGAUUGGGAAUGCAUUGUUGGACGAUGAAAUGGAUCAAACAGGAAUGGUCGAUUAUGCAUGGGAUCAUGCAGUGAUAUCUGAUCGAGUUUACAACGAUAUUAAAAUCAAAUGUAACUUCAGCAGUCCACAGCCAACUAAGGAUUGCAACAUAGCCCUCAGAGCUUACUUUGCUGUGUACAGAAUCAUUGACAUGUACAGUUUGUAUACUCCCAGCUGUAUUAGUAACUCCAGCAGUAGCAGACAACGCCUGGCGAUUCAAGGCAUUGCUCCUCAGAUAUUGUCCAAAUUUGAUGGAUGGCUCAAGAGACCAGCAGGAUACGACCCUUGUGCAUCAGACUACACUGAGGUUUAUCUUAAUAGGCCCGAUGUUCAAAACGCACUUCAUGCCAAUGUUACCAAAAUGUCCUAUCCAUGGACUCAUUGCAGUGACACUAUCUCAAUUUGGAAGGAUUCACCAGCAUCUAUGCUUCCAACAAUUAAAAAGCUUAUAGCUGGAGGCAUUCGCAUAUGGGUUUUCAGUGGAGAUACUGAUGGGAGAAUUCCGGUUACUGCAACUAGACUUACCCUCAAAAAGCUUGGAUUAAAAACAAUUGAAGAAUGGACACCUUGGUACACCAACAACAAACAGGUUGGUGGGUGGACCAUAGAGUAUGAUGGGCUUAUGUUUGUCACCAUUAGAGGAGCUGGUCAUGAAGUUCCAACUUUUAAACCAAGGCAGGCUCUUCAGCUUGUUAGGCAUUUCCUGGCCAAUAAGAAAUUGCCACCUAAACCAUUUUAGUUAUUGUUAGAUGCAUUUUUCUUUGUUCUUUUCACAGGCAAAUUAAUUGGAAGAAACUUUUUUUAUCAGUUCUUUUGUAAUAAACAAUAGCUAAAGCAUCUGUCAGGAUUCUUGACAGGAAAUUUGUACAGCAUUGUUUCAUUUAUCGCAGCACCUUUUAGAACGAAUUAAUGCUAUGUUCAGAUGCCACAUCAUUUGCAUGAUAUAUGUCAACAA